GGUCAUAAAUUGCACCGACGUUCUGUCCUGCGUAGUCCUUGGCCAACGAUGAAGACGCUCGUCGCAUUUGCUGUUCUCACGACCCUCGGAGUCUUGGCACAGCCGAGCCUCAGAGACUUGAAGCCUCGUCGUAUUGGCGUACCCGUACACCCGAGCUACACGCAACAGGAAUGGCGAACCAUCAUGGCGGCACAACAGCGAAGCCCGGAAACUUACCCUGGUUUCAAAAGGGGCACCAAACCACAACCAGAAUUUGCAGGAAAAGUAAAUGUACCAGAAAGUGGUAAGCGUAUAACCAAUGGUCUUACUGCCAGCCGUGGUCAGUUUCCAUGGCAAGUUGGCCUCAUCAUUGAUGGUGCCUGGUUCUGCGGUGGGUCUGUCAUCUCGAACGAGUGGGUCCUCACAGCUGCGCACUGCGGUGGAGACGUAUAUAGAUUAACACUCGGAGCUAACCGAUUAGAUAUCCAAGAAAGUGGCUCCAUUUCAGUUCAGUCGACAGACAGCAUUGUCCACGCCCAGUACAGUUCAACAAGCCUGAACAACGACAUUGCUCUUGUGCGGGUCUCCAUUGAAUUCUCCGAUUUCAUCACGCCAGUGAAACUGCCCCGUCGUGAGCCGAAUCCACCGGACUUCGCCGGCAAAACUGCUCGAGUCAGCGGCUGGGGGAAGCCCUCUGACAGUGCCUCUGGUAUAACAACUGUACUGAACUACGUGGAUCUGCCAGUCAUCAGCAACACAGACUGCGCUGGUGUAUUUGGCUCUUACAUCGUGUCCAGCACCCUCUGUGUCGCAGCACCCAAUGGGAAGAGCACGUGCAGCGGCGACAGUGGCGGUCCGCUGGUUAUCGAGAUCGACGACGCCUACACCCAGAUCGGCGUCGUCUCGUUUGGGGCCGCCGCUGGCUGCGAGCUGGGAUAUCCUGAUGGCUUCGCCAGAGUCACGAGUUUCUUGGACUGGAUCGAGACGAACAGCGGCAUCAAGAUCGAGUCUUGAGAACUCAGCUUGGAGCAGAGAAUUUUAACAGGACAAACCACCGCCCACGAGUUCACGUAUUGACAAUUUUUGUUUCACUAUAACAAAAGUUAUCAAUUAUCGACGACCCAAUAAUUUUUCUCAAAAAAUACAUGCACAGGGCAUGCAAAUAUGUUAAUUAAAGCUCUAAGACGAA